UGUGAGGCAACCUCUGCAGAGGCACUGAGGCACAGAAACUCUUUUCAGUGUAAACACACACACACACACACACAGCUGUUAACAUCAGGAAUAAAGCAGGGGAAGCCCGUCGACCUCGCUGUUACUCACGACGCAAGAGGAGGAAAGGAUGACGAACCUCUCGCGAUAUCUCGUCAAUCACCUGAUGACGUUCUCGCUCCAGGACGGGGACGUGCAGGGCGUGGAGGACGCCCGGGCGCGUCUCUCCUUUUUGGCCGAAAGCAAGAAGCUGUGGAGUCAACAGAUGUUCCUGGAUGUCGGGGCCGAGGCCAUUAAGCUGCGAGACGUACAGAGCCAGGACGAGCUGGAGACCUACUCCCUGGAAUCCAUCCUGCGGUGUGACGCGAUCAACACGGUGAAGCACUUCCCGUCCCUGCUCAUGCUGAUCUGCAAGAGUGAGGAGCAGAAGAAGCCGGACAUUCACUUCUUCAGCUGCGAGGUUGUGAUGGCGGAGGAAAUCCGCGAUGACGUCGCUCGCACAGUUUCCGGUCGGUCCAACCGUGACACUUCAAAGCCGUCUGAUGCCUCCAGGCUUCCUCGCAGUAGAGGGGAGAUGAUGGACCCUUAUGGAAUCCCAAGUCACCCCAUCGCACAUGCCCCUAACCCCCCACCAGCAAACCCUCCACCUUACCCUGGACCCAGAGCAAACGCCAUCAACGGCGGGCCCGAUGUCUCCUUCCUGCGAGCGGAGAGAGAAGUGGGGAUCCUCAACCACUGUUUUGAUGACAUCGAGAGCUUCAUGGCCAAGCUCCAGCAGACCGCAGAGGCAGCGACGGUGCUGAACCAGAGGAAGAAGAAGAAGAAGAAAAGUAAAAAGCCAAGUGCUGAAGAGGAUUUACUCACUAUCAAGGCUCGUCCACCACCAGAGGAGGAAUUUAUUGACAUCUUCCAGAAAUUCAAAUAUUGCUUCAGCCUCCUGGCGCGUCUAAAAUCGACCAUUGCCAAUCCUUCGUCGGAGGAGCUCGUUCAUCAUGUAUUCAAACCGUUGGACAUGAUGGUGAAAACAACAGGAGGGCCGGCGCUCGGGGCCUCAGUGUCCAGCCCUGCACUGACAACCUCUGCUGUGUCUCUGCUGCAAGACAACCUGAGCGUGGAGGAGAGGCAGCUGUGGACAUCUCUGGGUCCUAACUGGACACAUUAUCGCUCUCAGCUCAGAGGGCCCGUCACACCGUACACCCCCGUGUUCUUGGACGGCUGGAAACCGGAAGCCCUGAGGCCAGACGGGCAGGUUUGGGAAGAUCCUGUCGAGUCACAGCACAGGCACGAAGCCUUCCAAGCAAAACAAGAGCAACAGCCUCCUCAGGCGGUCGGUCCUCCUGAUUUCCACAUCGAGGACGACACAGACAGCAGCACAUUCCCACCGGAGCCCGAGCGUCUCUACAGCUGCAGUUACGACUUCAUCGCCAGAAACAGCAGUGAGCUUUCAGUGCAGCAGGGGGAGACUCUGGAGGUCAUCGAAUCAUCCAAGCGCUGGUGGAAGUGUCGCAAUCGGUUCAACCAGAUCGGCUUCGUCCCCUUCAACAUCCUGGAACCUGUAGCUCACAUAGACAGCCCCCUCGCCACCAAACCGCCCAGUGUCCCUGCUGCGCCUCCCCUCGCCAAGACUCUCACUCCGGUCCCGCCCAGUCCACCUGCUCUGCCCCAGGCCCCCACCCACUCCCCACAGCGUCCACACAGCUUACCGGCAUACACCCAACACAUACCAGCUGCAGAGGACACAGAUAAAGUCAUGCUGGUGAACGACGAGCUGCUGCAGAGGCUGACAAACGGAAAGACCACGCUACACAAGCCUCUGGUCAUCCCGCGCUCCAGUGACACGAGCGUUCCUCUGAACUACCACUCUCCUCCAGAGGAAGUGGCCGAGUGGCUCAGAGGGAAAGGCUUCAGUGAACCGACGGUGUCGUGUCUGGGAGUGCUGACAGGCGCUCAGCUCUUCUCCCUCAACAAGGAGGAGCUGCGGGCUGUGAUUCCAGACGAGGGCGCCAGAGUCUACAGUCAGCUGGCCGUGCAGAAAGCACUGCUGGAGGAUGCCAGAAGGGCCACAGAGCUGGAGGCGGUCAUGGAGAAACAGAAGAUGAAGGUCGAUCUGAAGCUGGAGAGCAGCACGCUGUGAGCCGCAGGAGUCGCCGUCACGAUGCCGUCACCGGCGUGGAUCGCAGAAUUAUAAUCACCAGAGAAAAACACGCAAUCAAAAGACUGUUUAUACAAACAGCGUCUCUCACUCAUUUAAACAUAAAUUCACCGAGUGUUUAACGGAAGCAGGUGCUGCGCAAACUUAUUUUAUCAUUAAAAAGCACAUUUUUAAAUUG